AUGAACCCGGCAGAGCCUGCUCCGGCUUUCCUGCCGGCUAUAGACCCUGCAGCAGCAGGAGCAGCAGCAGCAGGACCAGCAGCAGCAAUACCUGCAGCAACAGCAACAACAGCAACACCUGCAGCAGCAGCAGCAGCAGCACCUGCAGCAGCAGCAGCAGCACCAAUUGAUCCGAUUCCUACUGAUGUGUCUGCACAGCUAGGCCUUCCUCCUUCUUUUGUGUCUCUUCCCUUUACUCCCCCACCAGGAGCAGCAGUACCAGCAGCAGCAGCAGCAGCAGCAGUACCAGCAGCAGCAGCAUCAGCAGUACCAGCAGCAGCAGCAGCAACAGCAGCAGCAGUACCAGCAGCUCCUGGGUCCUUCGGCAGCGAUAAUCCUAUUCCCCUGGGGGGCCCCCUGAUGAUGGGGGCCCCCAUACCUGGAGCAGCAGCAGCACCAGCAGCAGCAGGCCUACCACCACCAGCAGGAGCAGCAGGAGCAGCAGUACCAGCUGCUGCUGCACCUGUUGCUGGUGCUGAUGCAGCAGGGGGGCCCCCCUCCUCCUUGGUUGCUGCUGAGCGUGCUGCUGCUGCUGCAGCAGCUGCAGCAGCAGCAGCAGAGAAGGCAGCAGCUGAAGGGUUGCAGGUGGGGGGUGCCCCAGGGGGCCCCCAGGGGGCCCCCGAGGCCCCCCUUGGGGGCCCCCAAGGAGGAGAAGAAUUAAGACUAGCAACAGGAGCAAUAAAGAGAUUUGCUACCCUUACUCUUGUACCAGGACAACCAAGAAAAUGGCAAAAGGCGCUGCUGCAGCAAGGAGGAGGGGCAUUAAGGAGGACAGCGCGCAGCGCGCGGUUAGUUGCAUCGCAGAUAAGGGAGACAGCAAGACAGCUAGGGCAGCAGCAGCAGCAGCAGCAGCAGCAGCAAACAGGCUUGCUGCCACUGGCUACACCUGCUGCUGCUGCAGCUACUUUUGCUGCAGGUGCAGCAGCAGCACCUCCUGUAGCAGCUUUUGCUGCAGGGGUACAGCCACCUUCCAUUUCUGUUGUCCCUGCAGCAGCAGCAGCAACAGCAGCAGCAGCAACAGCAGCAGCAGCAACAGCAGCAGCAGCAACAGCAGCAACAACAGCAGCAGCAACAGCAGCAACACCAGCAGCAGCUGCUGUAGGCCAGCCCACAACCGGAGCAGCAGCAGCAACAACAACAGCAGCUACUGCAGCAGAAGCAGCAAAGGAAGGAGGGCUUGUAGCAGCCGAAGCUGCGCCCGAAGCAGCAGCAGCAGCAGCAGCAGCAACUACAGCAAUAGCAGCAGAAGCAGCACCAAUGGCAACAGAUGCAGCACCUGCUGCAGCAGCAGCAGCAACAAUAGCAGCAGACACGAUGGGAGAUGCCACGUCAGCACCUGCUGCUGCUGCUGCUGCUGCACCCAUAGAAGCAACACUUGCAGGAGCAGCACCUGCUGCAGCAGCACCUGCUGCAUCUGCAGCAGCCUGCGGACCUGCAGCAGCAGAACCUGCAGCAGCAGAACCUGCAGUAGCAGCACCUGCUGCAGCAGCAGAUCCAACAGCAGCACCUGCUGCAGUAGCAGAUCCAACAGCAGCACCGCUUACUGCAGCAGCAGAGACUGCUGCGGCAACAGAGCCUGCUGCAGCAGCAGAUCCGAUAGCAGCUGCGCCUGCUGCUGCUGCUGCUGCUGCUGCACCUACUGCAGCAUGUGCUGCUGCUCCUCUUGGGGCUAUAGACAGCAAGCGCGAGGAAGGGAAGCUUGCUGCUGCUCCUGCUGCUGCUGCUGCGCCUCUUUCUGCUACUGCUGUGCUGCCAUCGGAAGCUGCAGCAGCAGCAGCAGAAGAAGCAGCAGGCUGA